AUGGCCUCUCCACCACCCCGCGUGCAACGCCUCCAAUCCCAGAUGACAGCCCACAACCUCGACGCCAUCAUCUGCACCCAACCCACCUCAUCCUUCUACCUCUCCGGCUUCAACCCGAUCAUCUAUUCCGACCCCGUCCUGGUCAUCCUCCCGCGGCAAUCCGGCCCCAUCCUCCUGGUGCACGCCCUCCGCAGCACGCACGCCAAGUCCAGCGCCUGGACGCCCACCAUCCACCUGUACGGCACCUGGGGACCAGCCCCAACCCUCGCACCGACCUGGCCCGUCGCCCUGACCACCCUCCUGGACGGCUGCGACCUCCCCACGCACCCGACCAUCGGCAUCGAGCACGACACCCUCCCCGCAACCCAACACACCCUCCUCCGCCACACGCUCCCCACCGCCACGCUAACCAACUGCACGCCGCUCCUCCACGCCAGCAGGGCCAUCAAAGACCCCGAUGAGAUCGCCCACACCCGCAUCGCAGCCACCCUCGCCGAGAAAGGGAUGGAAUCCGCCAUCGCCGCACUCGCGCACCCCAGCACCAGCGAGCGCGACGCCGUCCUCGCCGCGCUGCAGAGCAUGCACGCGCACUGGGCGGCCCACUACCCCAGCGUCGAGAUCUGCGACUUCGGAUCCCCCGAGGGCGGGGUCAACAGCGGGUUGACGGCGUGGGUGCUCUCGGGCCCGCGGCAGGCGUUCGGGUGCGAUAACCCGCUUCCCCGGGUCCCGCGGCCCGGGGAGAGUGUCUCGGUGUUUGUGUGGGCGGUGGCCAACGGUAUGCACGCGGAGCUGGAGCGCACGGUCUGGAUCGGCGAGGUGGGGCUGGGGCUGGGGCUGGGGGGUCUUUCGCCGUGGCGCGCGAUGCGCGAUGCUCUGGAUAUCCGGGCCGAGGUGCUGAGGCUCCUGAGGCCCGGGCCGGCGGUGCGGGAGCUGUACCGCGCUGCUGUACGGGGGUAUGAGGUGAGAGGGUACGCGGCGUAUGUCCCGGGGCGGAUCGGGCAUUCGGUGGGGUUGGGGCCGCAUGAGCUGUUUUUUCUUGAGGAGAGGGAGGAGAGGAUGCUGCAGGCGGGCAUGGUGGUUGCGGUGGAGGUCAAUAUUCUUGUCCCUGGAGCGGGGGGUGCGUGUGUCCAGUUCUCGGAUACGUUUCUUGUUACCGCGGAGGGGUGGGAGCGGUUGACGCGGUUUGCGGAGGGGGUGGUGACGGUGAGGGCUGAUGGGGAUGUGACUGUGGUGUAG